CAAGGUGCACCACAAGACAACAAAUUCGUCUUAUUUAUAUAUAUAUAUAAAGAAAUGCCUGUUAAAGUAGUAGGUAAAAAAAGUUGGUUUGUUGGAAAAUAUUUAUUUGAAAUUCUAAGUAACUUAAAGAACUAUGGUGUUGGACGCGUAGUUCUUAAAAAUAGUUUUAAUAAAUAUCCAGAAAUAUCUUAUUACGUUAUUCGAAAAGUGGUACCUCUGAGAGAAGUUAUUGGUAUCGGCCCUGAUGAAUUAGUAUAUGGAAAAGUUUGGGUGGAUGAAGUAUAUCGAGGUAGAAAACUGGAAGGUUUGCGACUACUGACAUAUAGUACAUGUUUCACUGAUUUUCACCUCAUCUCCAAAGAAGAUGAAGAUAAAUAUCUGAAGUAUGAAACCAAAGAUAUUCUUAAAAUUCUGCCAAAGUAUGAUGACUUACCUCCUGUAUUAUCUGAAUUAAUAAAGGCCAAGAACCUAGAUGUGACGGAACCUAAAUUGGAGCUCGUGUAUAAAAAUCUUUCUGAACAUCUUGUGUAUAAAAUUGCUGAAGAAGGUGAAACUCCUGAUUAUAAAUUAAAGGUGAAAAUACCCGAUAAAUUUAAAGUUGGAAUUAAGUAAAAUAUUUCAUAUUUUGUUAUUUUUUUGGCAUGUGAGAAAGGAAACUGGGAUGUUGCAGUUAGUAUAGUAUCUUUUACCUAAUAAAGAUAGGUAUUUCUUCUGUU